CUUUUUAAACCCUCCUUGAAAUCCAUUGGAUAGCUCCCUCCAUGGCUUCUCUCACACGUGUCCUCCUACCAACUUUUUCACAAUUUCCUCAUCACCCUUCCACUUCUACCUGCACCAAAAAUUAUACAAUUUCUUCCACAACCCGAAGGAGAUUCUCAGUUUUCUCGAUGUCGGAAUCCAACCGCACCACCGUCCUCGUCACCGGAGCUGGUGGCAGAACUGGUCAAAUAGUUUAUAAAAAACUGAAGGAGAGAUCAACCGAGUAUAUUGCAAGAGGUUUGGUUAGAACUGAAGAAAGCAAGGAAAAAAUUGGUGGAGAAGAUGAUGUUUUCAUUGGUGAUAUAAGAAAUACCGAAACUAUCCUUCCUGCUAUUCAAGGCAUAGAUGCUCUUGUAAUUCUAACAAGUGCAGUCCCUAAAAUGAAACCUGGUUUUGAUCCAACUAAAGGUGGAAGACCUGAAUUCUUUUUUGAAGAAGGAGCAAACCCUGAACAAGUUGAUUGGGAAGGGCAGAAAAAUCAGAUAGAUGCUGCUAAAGCUGCUGGAGUGAAGCAAAUUGUUCUUGUGGGGUCCAUGGGUGGAACAAAUAUUAACCACCCUUUAAACAGCUUGGGAAAUGGGAAUAUUCUGGUGUGGAAGAGAAAAGCUGAACAGUAUCUAGCAGACUCUGGCCUUCCAUACACCAUUAUAAGGGCUGGGGGAUUGCAAGAUAAGGAAGGUGGGGUCCGCGAGCUGCUUAUUGGGAAAGAUGAUGAGCUUCUCCAGACUGAAACCAAAACCAUUGCAAGACCAGAUGUGGCUGAAGUCUGUAUUCAGGCACUGCAAUUUGAGGAGGCGAAAUGUAAGGCGUUUGAUCUUGCAUCCAAACCUGAGGGAAGUGGGACCCCAACAAAAGAUUUCAAGGCCUUAUUUUCACAAGUCAAUACUCGUUUUUAAGGUGAACAUGUCUUGCCAUUUGUUCAUUAUAAGAAUCAGCAUAUUGUGAAUGAUGAGUUGUAAUAAUUUCGGAUAUUUUCAAAUUAGAAUUAUUCGAGAAUUUGAAUUUGAGAAAGGCUUGUAUGUUUGUGUCA